AUGGUUGGGAAAAAUAACAUGAAUCUUGGUAAGGUUGUGGUGGAUAAGGGUUUUGGUAGUUUGGAGUGUAUUGAGAGUAUGAGUUUUGGGGGUGGAAUUGUGGUGGAUGAAAAUAUUGGGAUUGAGCAUCAUAGUAAUGAUGGUCUUAAUGAUACGAAUGUUGUGUUAAUCCCUAAGAAGAGUCACCCGGAGGUUGUGUCUGAUCUUCGCCCCAUUGCCUUGUGUAAUGUGGUUUAUAAGAUCAUGGCAAAGAUGAUUGCGAACAAGAUGAAACCCAUGGUGGAUGGGAUCAUCUCUGAAUCUCAGAGUGCAUUUAUUCCUGACAGACUACUUACUGACAACAUUUUAAUUGCUGCGGAGGUUGGUCACUUUUUAAAUAGGAAGCAGAAUGGAGUAGUUGGGUGGGCUGCUCUUAAAUUGGAUAUGGCUAAGGCUUAUGACCGAAUGGAGUGGCCGUUUAUGCGAGGGAUGCUACUAGCUUUAGGCUUUGCGGAGGCCUGGUUAAUGGAGAGCAUGCUGGUCAGAUUAUACCAUCCCGGGGCAUCAGACAGGGAGACCCUUUAUCCCCCUAUUUAUUCAUUAUCUGUGCAGAAGGGCUGUCUCUGUUACUGCAGCAGGCUGAGCGUCGAGGAGAUUUCCAUGGUUGUAGGGUGGCUAGGGGAGCACCAUCUAUGUCUCAUCUGUUUUUUUGCGGAUGACAGCCUCCUGUUUUUCAAAGCUAAUGUUCAUGAGGCCGGAGCUAUUAAACGGUGUCUAAGUGACUAUGAGGCUAUGUCUGGACAGGCUGUUAAUUUUGGUAAAUCAAGUGUAUGCUUCAGUAGAAAUACAUCCAUGGCUGAUAGGGAGGAGGUGGUGGCUGUUUUAGGGGUCUCUCAGGCUCCUAAUUUUGGUAAGUACUUGGGUUUGCCAUCUUUUGUUGGGAGGAAUAAGAGGGUUGUAUUCUCAUAUAUUGAAGAUAAAAUUAAACAGAGGUUUAGUUCAUGGAAUAAGCGCCUUAUUUCUCGGGCUGGAAAGGAAGUGUUAUUGAAAAGUGUGGCACAGUCUAUGCCAACCUUUUCAAUGAGUGUCUUUCUGCUACCGCAGUCGAUUUGUCAGUCAAUUGAAAGGGCUAUGAACCGGUAUUGGUGGGGCUCUGGGGAAGACAGGAGUAUUCAUUGGAUGGCAUGGAACGGUUUAUGUGUUCCUAAGAAGUAUGGGGGUCUUGGUUUCAAGGAUCUGAGGGCUUUUAAUUUGGCAAUGUUAGGUAAACAAGCCUGGCGUUUCCUAAUCAAUCCCCAAUCUUUGGUUGCAAGGAUCUAUAAGGCCAGAUAUUAUCCUAAGUCUACUUUUGUUGAUGCAACCAUAGGGGGUUGCCCAAGCUUUUGUUGGCGCAGCAUUAUGGCUGCUCAUGAGUUAAUUUGUUUUGGGGUAAGACGGAGAAUUGGGAAUGGAGACACGACAUUGAUAUGGGGUCAUCCUUGGCUACCUGAUGAUCCAAGCCUAAUGGUCCAGACUCACAUGCCUCCAGGGUUAAAUGGUUCUUUGGUUUCUGGAUUGGUUGACCCAGCUACUAAUACAUGGGAUCAAUCUAUAUUACAGGACAUUUUUCAGCCCCAAGAUGUGGAACGUAUUUUGAGCAUCCCUAUUAGCCUCGAGUAUGAGGACUCUUGGUAUUGGCAUGGUGACCCAAGGGGUUGUUAUACUGUGAAGGAUGGUUAUAGGCUCAUGUGUGAUGAUUUUAGCGACCGUUUAAGCGCUUUUGAUAAGUGGUUAGCUGUCUGGAAAAUUAAAUCCCCUCCCAAAUGGAAAACAUUUUUAUGGAGAGCCCUAAACAAUGUCUUACCCACUACUACCAACUUGAUUUUAAAGAGAGUAGAUGUGCAACCAACAUGCCCAAUGUGUGGAUUGACCAAUGAGAAUGUUAUGCACUCCCUUGUCAUGUGUGACUUCUCUAAAUUGGUUUGGCAUGAAGCUGCUAUUACCAUACCAUCUUUGCAGGAAAAUGAUUUUGCUAUGUGGUUCUCUAACCUUAUGACUAUGCUUACGAUGGAGGAUAUUCUUGUUGCAGUAGCUGUCAUUUAUCACAUAUGGAUAGCACGGAACUCUGCAGUAUGGAAGGGCUGCUUGCCGCGUCCAGUUGCUGUUUCGCGGAGGGCGGAGGCGGCGCUACAAGCAUGGAAGAAGGUGCAUCAUGUACACCGAGCACAUCAGCCUACGCCACCAGUCCACACUCAUUCAAACACAAUGCAGGUUACCGGUGCUGCUCAAUCACAGAAUGGCGAUUGGUGCUGUUAUUUCGACGCAGGUUAUCUGCAUACUACACGGAUGUCCACUGCUGGUGCGGUUCUCUACAUGCCGGGCGGUGUGUAUUCAGCAGCAUUCAGUGGCCGAACCCAAUGA